AUGCCUCACGCCAUUCGCCCCUCGUACUUCCGUUCGCUGUCUUCUUCGAGCCAAAAGGACAAGCCGAGAUUAUAUCUGGGACUGUAUCCUCGCUGUAGUGGCCAUGGCGACUGCGACUCUUAUCAUUGGACGCUCCUGUCUUCGAUGUUUCACGAGGACGACCUGUCAGAACUGCCUCUCGCACAAGCAGGUCUGAUGGUCCGCAUCACCGUUGCGAAAGUGCUCGAUCCUGAGCGAGUACAGCAAGCUCUGCAGAAUCUUAGACCUAGGAGUAGCGGCAAAGGUGUCUAUGGGCAAGAAAGCUGUGCACAGUGGACCAGGAAUGCUAUCAAGGCAUUACUGUCCGAUCCGGCUUGCGUGAGAAGUGUGCUGGACAUAGAAGAUUGGGACAAAGUGGAGAAGACUGCUCGGGACUACUGCAAAUACAAGAGAAGAGACGGUCGGUUUUCGGAUACUGCGGAUGGGAACUGGAAUAAUGAGGAAGUAAGCACGUACAAUGCUUGGGAGAACAGGGAGACGACAGCAUGA